GCGUUUCCAGCCGGGGCUGUUUUCUCUGCCCGGGGCGGUUUCGGGGGCGCGCCGGCGGAAGCGGAAGUGGCGGCGGGCGGGAUGGAGGAACCGGAGAUGCAGCUGAAGGUGAAGAAAGUGGCGGACAAGUUCACGGAGAGCCUGUACGUGCUGGCCAACGAGCCCUCGGUGGCGCUGUUCCGGCUGCAGGAGCACGUGCGCCGCUCCCUGCCCGAGCUGGCCCAGCACAAGUCGGACAUGCAGAGCUGGGAGGAGCAGAGCCAGGGAGCCAUUUACACCGUGGAGUAUGCCUGCAGUGCCAUCAAGAACAUGACUGACAGCAGUGUUUACUUCAAGAGCAUCGACAGCCUGCUCAGGCACUCCAUAGCCAUGAAGGAGCAGCUCAACGCCGCCCAGGGCCGCAGCACCAUCACCCCCCAACCCAAGAAUCCUCCAGGCACUUCCUGAUUUUUCAUCCUGAAUUUCCCAACCUUGGGAAAAAUUGAAAAAACCACAGGCUUUUUUUUUUCCCAAAAAAAAAAACCCAAAUGAGGUUUUGCUUUGGGAAUUUGGUGUAAAAAGCUGGAAUGUGAGCACAUUCUCCAGGCUCUUGUUGGGGAGGAAUUCUCCAUGGAGAAACUUUUCCAGCUGCUGCCAAGGAAUUGCUGGGUUUGGUUUUAAUGAGGACGAGAAUAAAAAGGAAAAGAAAAAAUACAAAAAUGCCCCAAAAAAACAACAAGAAAAUUCCUUUUAAAGGUUUUCAGCUUUUCUCCUGUUGUGGGAGCUUGGAGCUCCUUUUUUAUCCUGAGGUUUCUAAAGGCAUGGAGCAAAAAAAUGUGGAAUUUUAGGCUUUCAAAGGAGAAAAAAUUCCUUAAAAUCCUACCAAAAUAAUAAAAAAAAAAGAUUUU